AUAAAAUUUCGAAUUUUCUUAUUCACUUGAUUGGGUGGAGUGGGUUGAUUGUGAGAAUGGUGGUUGUAGCCCACUUAGCACCCCUCGGAAGAAAAAUGUGAAAGUGGUCGACGGCUGGCCCAAAAUGAAAAAUUAGGUUUUCCAGUGUUUGUUUUGCUUGAAAAUCACUUACAUUGGUAAAACAUUUUCAGAAACAUGGGAAAAUGAGAAUGGAUUUUGGGGAAAAUGUUUUACCGAUUUUAUUUCUGUAAAACAUUUUCCAUCUUUCCUCCUCAUUCCAUCCGUCUCCUUCUUCAUCCAAUUAGACCAGUUCCCUUCCUGAAACAAAGCUCAAGAAUGGGUAAGGGCAACAAAAAAGGGACCUCCAAGCAAUUCAGGUGGACAAAACCGAUGGAACAUAUUUUUCGUGAAAUUCUAGCAAAAGAGGCCCAGAGAGGAAAUAAGCCUUCUAAUACUUUCAAAACAAUUUCUAUUAAUCAAUUUGCCGAAGCUAUUUCUGAAAGAUUUCAAGUCCAAUGUGAUGCGAAGCAUGUGGAAAAUCAUUUAAGGACUGUAAAAAACUAGUGGCAGAUUAUAUGCACAAUUCGGGGUGAAAGUGGUUUUGGAUGGGAUGAUAACAUGAAAAUGAUCACAUAUGAUAGAACGACAUAUGAUACAGCAGUGAUGGUAACUAGAGCUGAUCAUGGGUUGGGUGGCCCGGCCCGACUCGAAGGCCUGCCCCAAAAAUGGGAGGGUUUGGGUAAAAAUAUAGGUCCAAAAAAUGGGCUUGGGCAAAAAAAGAGUCCCGUUUAGAAAAUGGACUGCGCCUCGGGCACAUAAGAAGUAUGAACCAUUUCUGAAUAAAAGCAUUGAUCAUUAUGAUGAAAUGGCUUUGGUUGUUGGCAAAGAUAUGGCAACAGGGAGUUUUGCUAGAACAUUUGCUGACAUAGAUUUGGAUGAUGGUAACCAAGAUUCAGUGCCUAUAGACUGCGACAAUGAAGAGAUUGAAGAGGUAAGAACAAAAGUAUCUUCAUCUGGCACAUCCAAACGUAAAAGAAAAAAUGUUCAAGAAAGUGUCGUUGAUGAACAAAUUAAAUUUGAGGGUGAACAACUUGGCAAAAUUGCUAAUGCUUUGGAACAAUUUAUUGCGGAUAAGACACCACAUCUUUACGAAGAAGUGAUGUCGAUGGAGGAAGAAAGAUUUGAUGAUGACUUCUUAUGUUCAGUGUUUGAUUAUCUAGUGAGUCAUGAAUCCGAGGCCAAAGCUUUUUUAGUUAAAAGUAAGAAGCAUAGAAAAAUUUGGCUUAAAAAAUUUUCUCAAGGUUGAAGAUAUUGACACUUUUAAUGUGGUGUAAUAUUAGUUAUGCAAUUGGACAAUGUGUAAUAUUAGUUAUGCACAUGGACAAUGUUGUUGUUAUUAUAUGAUGUACUACUAAUUAUGCAUUUGGAUAAUAUUAUUAAUUUCUAGUAUUAA